GCCAAACGCCAGCCAUACAGAGAAUCUAUGGUUUCCAAAAUUCACGGGGGUAGCUCCUCCCAAGGCUCCUGGAGAGAGGAGAUGCAGCAGGCUUCAGAUAAGUCGGUUAUAAUCAGUGAAAUUUUGGACCCGAGGACUAAAAACCUCUUGUCUAUGUCAAAGAUAAGUGACUAUGUUUUGUCAAAUGAGCUUAUUAGCAUGGCAUUGGCCAUGGUGGCAGAGGACCGUCAAAUAAAUGAUGUAUUGGAAGAGUUGUUUGCUGAAGAGGUGAGGCAACUGGCAUGGGUCAUGCCUACUGGCUACUGGGUUGCCUGAUUUUGUGUCUAGUAUAGAGGAGCCACACAUUGCUCAAGUACACAUCCAGUAUUAUAGGAGCUUUUAGGGAUUUAUGCAUAUAUCAGCGUAUUGUAGGUGAUCAAACACUCCAUUUAUUAGGGAAAGCUAACAACUGAAGCAACGUGAAAUAUAUAAAAUAGAAAGAAAAAAAAAAACAUAAUACGAGACUGAACAAUAAAAAAAGGAGUAAAGACUAUAUUCGAGAGCCAUUUUCUCUUUUCA